GCAGGAAGCAGGGGGCGGAGGCCGCUGUGCAGUCAGCCCAGCUGUGGGCGGCCCCUGCCUGCUCCAUCCAGCUGGAGACAGCCCCGUGGGGCCAGCCAGUGCUGGGCCAGGAGCGGCCACCUGGUUCCUGUGUGCUACGGCCCCGUGGGCCUGGGAGCUGCCUCUGAGGAGCACACCGCAGGGCCAGGCAUGUGAGGCCUCUGCGGGUCAUGGAGAACCUCCCUGCUGUGACCACUGAGGAGCUGACCCCCAUGAGGAGGGGUCCCGUGGGACCCUCAGGAGGUGGCAGCAGCCGGGACCAGGUCCGGACUGUGGCCAUGAGGCCCUCUGUGAGCUGGGAGAAAGCGGGGCCCAAGGAGGCCAAGGCGCCAGUGAGAGGCUACGAGCCUCCUCCCGCCCGCGUGGCUGGGCCUGCUGCUGGGACCCCUCCCUGUCAGAUAGGAGCUUAUCCCACAGACCUGACCCUGCAGCUGCUGGCUGUACGGAGGAAGAGUGGACUGCGGGACCCCGGCCUACAGCAGACCCUCCGGGGCCAGCUCCGCCUGCUGGAGAAUGACAGCCGGGAGAUGGCCCGCGUGCUCGGGGAAUUAUCAGCCAGGCUGCUGUCUAUCCACAGUGACCAGGACCGGAUCGUGGUGACGUUUAAGACUUUUGAAGAAAUCUGGAAGUUUUCCACUUACCACGCUCUUGGCUUCACUCAUCACUGCCUGGCAAACCUGCUCAUGGACCAGGCCUUCUGGCUGCUCUCGCCCAGUGAGGAGGAGGAGACGGCCAUCCAAGUCCACGUGGAUGAGAACGCCUUGAGGCUGACCCACGAGAGCCUCCUCAUCCAAGAAGGGCCCUUCUUUGUCCUGUGUCCUGAACACCAUGUGAGAGAGAUGACGGGUCCCCGGGAUGCAGGAAAUGGCCCCCAGGCCCUCAGGCAGGCUUCGGGGGCUCCCCAGGGAGAGGCGGCACCAGAAACAGACUCUUCACCGCCGAGCCCCAGCGUGCCCUCCGAGGAGGUGGCAGUGGCAGCCGCCCCGGAGCCUUUGAUUCCGUUUCAUCAGUGGGCUCUUAGGGUCCCCCAGGACCCCAUCGAUGACGCCAUGGGUGGCCCUGUGAUGCCCGACAACCCGCUGAUGGCUGUGGGCCUGGCCUCGGCAUUGGCAGACUUCCAGGGCUCGGGGCCUGAAGAGAUGACCUUCCGAGGUGGAGACCUUAUCGAGAUCCUUGGGGCGCAGGUGCCUGGCCUGCCCUGGUGCGUGGGCCGACACACAGCCUCGGGCCAGAUGGGGUUUGUGCGGAGCAGUCUCAUCAGCACGCAGGACCCCGUGUCCCAGUUGGAAAGUGCGAUUUUUCUCAAUGAGGAAGAGAAGUCAUUCUUCAGUGAGGGCUGCUUUUCUGAGGAGGAUGCCAGGCAGUUGCUGAGGCGGAUGUCGGGCACCGAUGUCUGCAGCGUGUACAGCCUGGACUCAGUAGAGGAAGCUGAGACCGAGCAGCUGCAGGAACAAGAAAUACCUCCACCUUGCCUGAGCCCGGAGCCACAGGAGACCCUGCAGAAGGUGAAGAAUGUUCUGGAACAAUGCAAGACCUGCCCAGGCUGCCCCCAGGAGCCAGCGUCCUGGGGUCUCUGUGCGGCAUCCAGCAAUGUGAGCUUGCAGGACCCCGAGGAGCCCCCCUUCUGCUUGGAAGCCAAGGAUGACUGGGAGGACCCAGAGGCCCUGAGCUCACUACUGCUGUUCCUGAACGCCCCUGGGUACAAGACCAGCUUCCGUGGCCUGUAUGGUGUGGCGCUGCCAUGGCUGAGCAGCAUGUUCCGCAGCUUCAGUGACGAGGAGGAGCUGGCUGGGCACCUAGCACGGGCCCGCGGGGCGGCCAAGAAAGCUGGCCUCCUCAUGGCCCUGGCCAGGCUCUGCUUCCUCCUGGGGCGGCUGUGCAGCAGGAGGCUCAAGCUGUCCCAGGCCCGGGUGUACUUUGAGGAAGCGCUGGGGGCCCUGGAGGGCAGCUUCGAGGACCUGUUCCUGGUGGUGGCUGUGUACGCCAACCUGGCCAGCAUUUACCGGAAGCAGAAGAACCGGGAGAAGUGUGCACAGGUGGUGCCCAAAGCCAUGGCCCUGCUCCUGGGGACGCCCGGCCACAUCUGCAGCACCGAGGCGGAGGGGGAGCUCCUGCAGCUGGCGCUGCGGCGGGCGGUGGGUGGCCAGAGCCUGCAGGCCGAGGCCCGGGCCUGCUUCCUGCUGGCCAGGCAUCACGUGCACCUCAAGCAGCCCGAGGAGGCCCUGCCCUUCCUAGAGCGGCUGCUGCUUUUGCACAGGGACUCGGGAGCCCCAGAGGCUGCAUGGCUCUCAGACUGCUACCUACUCCUGGCUGACAUCUACAGCCGCAAGUGCCUGCCCCACCUGGUGCUGAGCUGUGUCAAGGUGGCCUCAUUGCGGACACGGGGCUCGCCGGCCGGCUCGCUGAGGAGUGUGAACCUCGUGCUCCAGAACGCCCUCCAGCCCCACAGCCUCCCCGCCCAGACUUCCCACUACCUCAGGCAAGCGCUGGCCUCCCUGACGCCGGGCACGGGCCAGGCGCUGCGCAGCCACCUCUACGCCAGCUUGGCCCAGCUGUACAGACACCACGGCUGCCACGGCCCGGCCAUCACCUUCAUGAUGCAGGCAGUGGAAGCCAGUGCUGUUGCUGGAGUCCGUGCCAUCGUGGACCACCUGGUGGCCCUGGCCUGGCUGCACGUGCUUCAUGGGCAGAGCCCGGUGGCCCUGGACAUCCUGCAGUCUGUCCAGGAUGCGGUGGUGGCCAGCGAGGACCAGGAGGGCGUGAUUGCCAACAUGGUGGCCGUGGCUCUGAAGAGGACCGGCCGGACGAGGCAGGCAGCGGAGGGCUACUACUGCGCCCUGCGGGUGGCUCGGGACCUGGGCCAGCAGAGGAACCAGGCAGUGGUGCUGGCCAACUUCGGGGCCCUGUGCCUGCACGCGGGUGCCAGCAGGCUGGCCCAGCACUACCUCCUGGAGGCUGUGCGGCUGUUCUCGAGGCUGCCCCGUGAGGAGUGUGGCCGGGACUUCACCCACGUGCUCCUGCAGCUGGGUCACCUCUGCACCCGCCAGGGCCCGGCCCAGCAGGGCAAGGGCUACUAUGAGUGGGCCCUUCUGGUCGCCGUGGAGUUGGGCCACGUGGAGAGCCAGCUGCGGGCCGUCCAGCGGCUGUGCCACUUCUACAGUGCCGUCAUGCCCAGCGAGGCCCAGUGUGUCAUCUACCAUGAGCUCCAGCUCUCCCUGGCCUGCAAGGUGGCCGACAAGGUGCUGGAGGGGCAGCUCCUGGAGACCAUCAGCCAGUUCUACCUGUCCCUGGGCACUGAGCGGGCCUACAAAUCCGCACUGGACUACACCAAACGGAGUCUGGGGAUUUUCAUUGACCUCCAGAAGAAAGAGAAGGAGGCGCAUGCCUGGCUGCAAGCAGGAAAGAUCUAUUACAUCUUGCGACAGAGCGAGCUGGUUGACCUGUACAUCCAGGUGGCGCAGAAUGUGGCCCUGUACACAGGCGACCCCAACCUGGGGCUAGAGCUGUUUGAGGCGGCUGGAGACAUCUUCUUCAACGGGGCCUGGGAGCGGGAGAAAGCCGUGUCCUUCUACCGGGACCGGGCCCUGCCCCUGGCAGUGACUACGGGCAACCGCAAGGCAGAGCUGCGGCUGUGCAACAAGCUGGUGGCACUGCUGGCCACGCUGGAGGAGCCCCGGGAGGGCUUGGAGUUUGCCCACACGGCCCUAGCACUCAGCAUCACCCUGGGGGACCGGCUGAACGAGCGUGUGGCCUACCACCGGCUGGCCGCCCUGCAACACCGGCUGGGCCAUGGCGAGCUGGCAGAGCACUUCUACCUCAAGGCCCUGUCGCUCUGCAACUCGCCGCUGGAGUUUGACGAGGAGACCCUGUACUACGUGAAGGUGUACCUGGUGCUCGGUGACAUCAUCUUCUACGACCUGAAGGACCCGUUUGAUGCAGCCGGGUACUACCAGCUGGCACUGGCGGCCGCCGUGGACCUGGGCAACAAGAAGGCACAGCUGAAGAUCUACACGCGGCUGGCCACCAUCUACCACAACUUCCUCCUGGACCGUGAGAAAUCGCUCUUCUUCUACCAGAAGGCCAGGACCUUCGCCACAGAGCUCAACGUCCGCAGGGUCAACCUGCCUCCUCUGCCACUCUGCGGGUGGGCCCCUUGGUUGGCCCCCAGCCACCCUCGCUGAGGACAGCGUCCAAGGGAGUGGGUUUUGUGCAAGGGGCGGGGGUCUCCUGCCUCUCCCGGUGUCUCCGGUGGCUCAUAUUCUGGGAAAUGGAGGCACGAAUGCAGGGGUCAAAUAGCAAUAAAUUGGUUUUUUUUUUUUGCAAUAACUUAUCGAAGUCACCAGGGCAUCCUUCCCUAGUGUGCUUCCUGGGGCGUGUCUAGGGGCCAGCUCCCUUCCCUGGGGACAGCCCUGCUGCUAUGUCCUGAUCUUGGGUAUGAGAAGGACCCCGAGUCCAACAGACCUGUGCCAGGUCACCAGGAGCCAGGGUUUACUUGGCGGCCAGAGGGGAGAUGGUGGUGGAACUCCCUGGGCAGCUCGCUGCUCGGAGCUUUUGCCAUAGGUCUCGUGCCACCCUUGCCUUUAAUCCUCAGGCCACUGUGCCCGGAGGUGGGGGCUGCUAGUGCCCCCAUUCGCCAUUGAAAAAAUAGAGGCACAGAGAGGUUAGGUGUCUGGCCCACAAUCACACAGACGCAGAGCCCAGUGCGCUGACCACCACACCACACUGCUGGCCUGCUGCCAGGAAGGUGUCCCCCAUUAGGACCCAAGGUCAGCUCCUGGACCUCUCUUGUGGUGUCAGGAGAGCCACAGGCCAGUGAGGGUGGCCCAGGGGAUCCCCCACUAAGUGUCCUAUGGUCCCAGACUUGGCUGGGCUGAGCCUGGCCAUUCCCACCUCCAGCCACUGGUCAGCCCUGCGGGCAGUAAGAUGCAGAGAUCUCUGCCUGUGUAGACGCUGCUGCCCAGUGUUGAAAGCCUCUUCUGGGCUGCCCCCCAGUCCUCCCCACGUACCCCUCCCCUUCCUGCUCCCGACCCUCAUCUCCGUCUCCAGGAAUCCCAGGUUUUCCUUCUUGGAAUCUCUUGGUUCCAGGAAACACGGCUCACGCGGUCUCUUUGCCAGUUUACAAGGAAACCGAGGUUCAGAGACUGUGGGUGCCCCACGUGAUUCUCACAAACACUGCACUCUCCCAGGCCCCUCUUUUAAACACUUUUUAAAUGAGGCGACAUUCACAUCGCAUGCGAUUAACUAUUUCAACGCGAAUCAUGUGGUGGCAUUUGUGCAUUCACAGUGCUGUGCAACCACCCACGCCAUCUAGUUUCAAAAUGCAUUCAUCUCCCCAGAAGAAACCUCCCGUCCUCAUUAAGCAGUUACCCCUCCUUGGUAUCCCCCAAGCCCCUCUCCUGCGGUCCGGAGAGACACUUGCCAGUGGGCGGAGCUCUGAUAAUAAGGAAUCAGGCACCCACUGCUGGUCCAGGCCUGGGUUGGUUUUCCACCCAGCAGAGGUGGCAGAGCCAGGAGGGUCUGGGAGCGCUGCAGGGGAGCCCCAUGCUUGCCGCCGGAGCCCUGCCCCGAGCCUCCCCACCAGGGGGCAGCAGAGAGCUUUCCAGAACCGGCCGCGGGGCUGGCGGGCAGCAGAGGCUCAGAGCUGCUGACAAACCUCAUGUUGACCCCAGACCGCUGUCUCUGUGGGUUGGGCUUGGGAAUUGGAGAGGAGGCCGCGUGAUUGGAAACAUGAAGACGGCACGGCCUGGCUGGAGCAGCGGGAAGCGCCGUCACGGUUACUGAGGACACAGACCUCCUGCCAGCCGGGCCGGGUCUGCAGCCAUUCCUCUCGGGGUGGGGUCUGCAGGUCCGGGUUGCUCUCGGCCCCCGACCUGCCUCAGAGUCCCAGGGGCUUUGGGACUGUGCCUCCCCAUUUCCACCCACCCUGGCUGGUGCCAUGAGGGGGCCUGGAUCCUGGGAUCCUGUUCCUCUCAGUCAGCAGCGCCUGGGGGACGAGAGGAAACAGUGGGUCUUCAAGCCCCACAUUCAAAUCCCCGCCCACCACUCACAGUCUGGAGGUUCAGGGUGAGGGAGUUGAUUUCUCUGAACCCCAGUUUGGUCACCACUAAAAUGAGGCCGACACACUGGGGCAGAGUGCCGGCCCCAGGGCUAAUAGAGGCCUGUUUCCUACUAACAAUACUUCUUACUCCUAGGAAAAGCUCCAACAACCACACGCUACGCAACAUUCAACCCAGGUCAACUUGUCAGAGGCGUUGGAACCAGAGCAACUCCAUCUUGAACAGGAGCUGGGUAAAGUGAGGCUGAGACCUGCCGGGCUGCAUUCCCAGGAGGUUAGGCAUUCUAAGUCAUAGGAUGAGAUAUGAGGUCGGCACAAGAUACAGGUCAUAAAGACCUUGCUGAUAAAGCAGGUUGCAGUAAAGAAGCCGGCCAAAGCCCACCAAAACCAAGAUGGCCACGAGAGUGACCUCUGAUUGUCCUCACGGCUCAUUAUGUGCUAAUUAGAAUGCAUUAGCUGCUAAAAGACACCCCCACCAGCACCAUGACAGUUUACAGAUGCCAUGGCAACGUCUGGAGGUUACCUUAUAUGAUCUCAAAAGGGAGGGGAGAAACUCUCAGUUCUGGGAAUUGCCCACCCCUUUCCUGGAAAACUCAUGAAUAGUCCACCACUUGUUUAGUGUAUGAUCAAGAAAUAACCAUGAAAAUGGGCAACCAGCAGCCUUUGGGGCCGCUCUGCCUAUGGAGUAGCCAUUCUUUUUUUUUUUUUUUUUUUUGAGAUGGAGUCUCACUCUGUUGCCCAGGCUGCAGUGCAGUAGCGUGAUGUCAGCUCACUACAACCUCCGCCUCCCAGGUUCAAGCAAUUCUUCUGCCUCAGCCUUCCUAGUAGCUGGGAUUACAGGCACCCGCCACCACGCCCAGCUAAUUUUUUGUAUUUUAGUAGAGACAGGGUUUUGCCAUGUUGGACCAGGAUGGUCUCGAACUCCUCACCUCAGAUGAUCCACCUGCCUCGGCAUCCCAAAGUUAUGAGAUUACAGGAGUGAGCCACUGCGCCUGGCCGGAGUAGCCAUUCUUUUAUUCCUUUUCUUUCCUAAUAAAUUUGCUUUCACUU